CCGCGGUAAGGACAGAAAAGUCUAGAUGGCAGACUGGGUGAUGACACAGCGAAGAGAGUCACUGGUGGAUGAUUUUAGCUAUCAAACCGCUAAGACUUCUUGGAAAAGAAGAUUAAUCGUAAAGGGUGCAAGGUUUGGAUCUGAAAGAGAUCUCUCGCCAAAAAAGAGGAGACUUUACUGAGGAAGCAAGUUCAACUUUGAGGAACAAAACGAGACCGAUAUGCCACAGAACGUGGUGCUGGACGGGCCAGCCCCUUGGGGAUUUCGGCUGUCAGGAGGCAAAGAUUUUAACCAGCCGCUGACCAUAAGUCGGGUGACACCAGGCAGCAAGGCAUCUCGGGUCAACUUGUGUCCAGGAGACAUCAUCCUGGCUAUCCAGGGAGCGUCCACUGAUGGUAUGACUCACGCUGAAGCUCAGAACAAGAUCAAAGACUCCACCAAUCAGCUUUUCCUCAAGAUAGAGAGGCCAGAAACAAAGAUGUGGUCACCUCAGGUUAUAGAAGAGGGGAAAGUGAACCCAUUCAAAAUCAAUUUGGAGGCAGAGAAGCAAGACAUUGAUUACUUCGAACACAAGUUUAAUGUCAGACCAAAGCCCUUCAUAUCGGCAAGCCAAAAGAGUGAUACUACAUCCCAGAUGCUGAAGGGGAAUGUAGCUCAGAUGCCUGGCACCCCGCCGGCUGUGUCCAAGGCAGCUCUUUCUGCACAGUAUAACUCCCCCAUUGCAUUAUACUCAGCAGACAAUGUCUCAAAUACAGUGCAGCAGGCUCAGAUGUCCACUGUAGUCAGGCAGGCAUCACCCAGCCCUAAACCCCUGACGUCCCUUGAAGACUCUCAUGUGUACCGUAUGCUCCAGGACAACCAAGAGCAGCCACAUGAACCACGUCAGUCUGGAUCAUUUAAGGCCCUGCAAGACUAUGUGGAGAGUGAUGGCACAAGGCCCAUGGUGACUAGAAGUGUAAAAGCCCCAGUGACAAAACCCCAAGCCGCCACAUCCUCACUCCAGAAGCUGCCUCUCUGUGAUAAAUGUGGCACUGGCAUUGUUGGACCGGUGGUGAAAGCUCGGGACAAGUACCGCCAUCCAGCCUGUUUUGUGUGCUCAGACUGCGGCUUGAACUUGAAGCAGAAGGGCUACUUUUUUGUGGAGGGACAGAUGUACUGUGAAGCCCAUGCUCGAAUGCGAAUGACCCCACCUGAGGGACAUGAUCUACUUACUGUAUAUCCUACUGCUUAGAGGGAUGGACAGUCGAAAUUAGACGACUGGUAUUGUUUGCAAUUAUUCCUUCUUGAUGUUCUGCUAUUCAUUUCUUAGUCAGAUCAUUAUUUUAGUGAUCAGAUCAUUUCUACAUUACUGUUUACACCUGGUAUUAACAUGGCAUUGCUUCACUGUGUUUCGGGAAGCAUUCAGGAUGGACUGAAUUUAAAAGCAGUUUGUGUUCAAGUUUUUCUGACUACCUUUGCAUUGUUCACUGAUACAAUUCCUAAACAUGUAAGACCCCACAAAGCAUUUUGAGCACUGACAACUUGUGAUCUGAUCACAGUUAAUGCUAGGUGUAAAUGGGAUCUAUACUCUCAAAACUAAAUUUCUUAAGGCCUUAAUCUAGUUCUUUUUGAAAAGCUGUUAAUUAACUCUCCCAUUUCUCACAUAUUAGGCUUCUGUGUAGAGCAAAUACUGAAAUUAAACAAACUAAUGCCUUUACGUUUCAGUUAUUCUCAAAAUAUGAAAGUAGGAUAAAUUAGCUUUUAAUACAGGCUUAAAUAUCUCAUCAUCUAGAUACAAAGUAUUUGGUAAUCUGUUUCCCAGUACAUAUUUUUAUUGUGUGUGUAUAUAUAUAUAUAUAUACACACAAUCCACAGAAAAGUCAUAAUUUGCUCAGCUAUCCCUUUAAGGCCAUGCACCUUUUAUAACAGAAGACGAAAGGUUUAUUAUAUCACUACAUUGUAAAUUAUAACACAUUUGAAAUUAUUUGACUAAACCAUAUUCAUAAAAUGAAUGACAUUAAUGCUGCAAAAACUUGUGAAAUUUAAGAGCUUGCUGAAUUGGCCACUACCUUGCCGGUUAAAUACAUAGUGUUUUUAAUAUUUAAUAACUUGUGAUUUUAGACAAAAGUGCCUCAGUGUACUACUGACAAAAUGCUACACAGUGAUUAAACAUGACUUGUACAAUUAAACAUCUCUAGCUCUUUUAGUUAACUUGAGCAUAACAUGAGGUCUUUUGAGUUUAUCUUUAUCAGUUAAGAGAAUGAUGUAAAUACAAUUCAAAGUUGUAGCUUUUUAAUCUAGAGACCAAUAUAGGACAUUCAUUAAAUACCCUGAAGACAUCACACGUUCUUAAUAUGCCAUCACAGAGGGGAUUUGGUUGUAGUUUGUGGAGUUCACAGCUCUGUAAAAUAAAGUCAUUCACAUUA